GUGUUGCCAUGGCUGUCCCUUGUCUCUGGUCCUGUUCAUGGUAUUCAUGGACAGGAUCUCAAGGCGCAGCUGAGGUGAGGAAUGUGGCCUCAUCAGACCAUGACCUUCAGCACACACUGGGGCGGUUUGUAGCCGAGUGUGAAGCAGUGGGGAUGAGGGUCAGCACCUCCAAAUCUGAAGCCAUGGUCCUCAGCCGGAAAAUGGUGGAUUGUUCCCUCCGGGUGGGGGGAGAGUUGCUGCCUCAAGCGAAGGAGUUUAAGUAUCUCGGGGUCUUGUGCAUGAGUGACGGGAGGAUGGAGUAUGAGAUUGACAGGCGGAUCAGUGCGGCAUCAGCAGUAAUGCGGUCACUGUACUGGACCACUGUGGUGAAGAGGGAGCGGAGUCGAAAGGCAAAGCUUUCAAUUUACCAGUCGAUUUACGUUCUGACUCUCACCUAUGGUCACAAGAUCUGGGUAGUGACCGAAAGAAGGAGAUUGCGGAUACAGGCAGCUGAAAUGAGUUUCCUCCAGAGGGUGUCUGGGCUCAGCCUUAGAGAUAGGGUGAGAAGCCUGGACAUCCAGAGGGAGCUCGGAGUAGAGCCCCUGCUCCUUCGUGUCGAAAGGAGCCAGUUGAGGUGGUUCAGGCAUCUGGUAAGGAUGCCUCCUAGGAGACUCCCUUUGGAGAUCUUCCAGGCACACCCAACUGGGAAGAGACCCUGGGGUAGACCCAGGACAAGUUGGAGAGAUUAUGUGUCUCUUCUGGCCUGGGAACGCUUUAGAAACCCCCAGGAGGAGCUAGAAAACGUUGCUGGGGAGAGGGAUGUCUGGAAUGCCCUGCUUAGCCUGUUGCCACCGCAAUUCCAGAAUAAGUGGGAGAUACUGAACUGAACAUCAACUGUAGUCCCAGAAAACUUUGGUAAAGGACUAAUGGCACAAAAUAAUGAUGCAGUAAUACAGAGGAACUAUGACAUGUUGCGUUCUUAACAAAUCUUAAUGGUCUUAUGAGUGUGAAGCAAGUACAGAAAUUAGUGUAAAAUGAUUUUAGAAUUCAUUUAUGUAAUAUCUCAAAGAAUAGUAGCAUUAUUCUAGCUUCCUU